UCCCUGUGAGUCUACGAAUCACUACAAACAGAAUGGCGGUCUUUUUCAAUACGGAGGAGGUGUUAGAGCAGGUUCUGAGGUCUGAAGACGAUUUUGCUAGCGAGGAAGAGGUAGUUUUAGAUGAGGAAGACAGCGAAAAAGAUAAAAUCAGAGAGUUUUUAGGAAGYUACGAGGGUGGAAAGGAAUUCGACCGCGAGUUCUUUGUAGAGAAGGCGACAGAAGUCAUUUUACCGAUUGUAAAAGCUUCUAGAACAAGAACUGAUGCCGAUUGUCUGUGUACAUCAACAAUAUCUGCUGCAUCAGUACUGAAUGUAGAGGGAAAACUCUGGCUAAAAUCAAUACACCGACGAUUAGGAGGCAGAGUGUCAGUUAAAAAGCCAUAUUUUGCUGAGGUACAACGAAAUAUUCCACAGAAUAUUUUUGAUGAAGUAACUCUCAUGUUGAGAAGGAGUCUAUCCCAGCAUUUCCNUCAAUAA